CUUCUCCAACUUCUGUAACGGAUUCCUUCGCCCCAUCGAUCAUGGAGUCGAUUCAAUCUCCAUGGAUACUCACUCUUCCAUGCUUCUUAGGUUUCUUCGCUUCCAACUAAAUUCGUCGAUCCACUUCGUCAUUGUUUCUGGAACAAUCAAAAUUCCUCGACACGCAUGACAUCAGAUGAUUAAUCAGUGUAGGAUAAAUGGCGGAGGAGAACGAUGUAAAGGAACUAGUUGAAAAGAAGAACGGUUAUACGCCGAAAAAGGAGAAGAAGAGUAUUUUUUCUCGAAUUUGGAAUUGGAUUUGGUUACACGGUGAUGAUAUUGAGCAAAGAUUGCAAUAUAUAUCUAAAGCAGAGGCUUCUCUUCUUGCUCGCAUUAAGAAAAGAGCCUCGAGACGGAGGAGAAUGGCAAGGGAUUUAAUCGUAUUUUCCGUAAUUUUCGAGGUUGCUGCAAUCGGAUAUGCCAUAAUGACAACAAGAACAGCUAACAUGGAUUGGAGAGUGAGGGGCUUGCGAGUUUUGCCUAUGUUUCUUUUGCCUGUUCUAUCACGGGCUUUCUACUCUGGACUUAUAACCUUCACAGGAAUGUGCGAUCGAAGGGAUCAGAGAGCUUUAGAGAAGCUUCGGGCUGAAAGACAGGAAAAGAUUGAUGAACUUAAAGAGAGAACUAAUUAUUACAACACCCAACAACUCAUUCAGAAAUAUGACCCAGAUCCAGCAGCAAAGGCAGCUGCUGCAUCUGUCCUUGCAUCCAAAUUGGGUGCAGAUUCAGGCCUGCAAGUGUCUGUAGGAGGAGAUGAGCCACAACCUAAUCAACAGGGUGCAGGGAAGAGCAGCGACGUCGACUUCGCACAAUCUACUGGUCUCCGGAGACGGAACCCACCCGAAGCUAGAUCCCCUGGCGGUAAAUUAGUAGACCACUCGGAUAAAGAAACAGCUUCGUAUGCCGGAAGUGAGGUUUCUGAGAUUUCUCUACCGAGUGAGCUGGUUGUUGAGCAUCACAAUCCUAUGGCUAUAAAUUCCCACGAUGGAGGUUGGGUUGCUCGACUUGCUGCAUUGCUCGUGGGAGACGAUCCAUCACAAUCGUAUGCACUUAUUUGCGGCAAUUGCCAUUCGCACAAUGGUCUUGCAAGGAAGGAGGACUACCCUUUCAUCAGUUACUAUUGUCCACACUGCCAUUCCCUGAAUAGACCAAGGAAAUCCGACGAAAAUUCUUCAGGUACCAACACCCCGGAUACAAGAUCUUCAACGUCACACCGCCACGGCUCGAAUAAACCAAAAAACUCUGAUGAAAACUUAUCAGAAACCAAUACCCGUGAUACCAGAUCUUCAAUGGCCGAUGCUAACUUGAGAAAACAAAGUAGCGAGUCAACGACUGAGAAUGUAUCUGCGAGCAGUACUCCUCCUGAGGCCGUAGCUGUGAAAGAAAGCUAAAAAAAUUGGUGCCCAAAGAUCCUGCUGACCGUUAACAAGCUCUUCUAUAUAAUUGCGAAAGAUUUACGAUUGCUUUUCCCCAGCUUUUUGUGUACAUGUUCAUGGUGGGAUUUGUUUUAGUACUUUCUUCCAUUUUCAUGAUCUAGGGCUAUUGAUUGGUUUUCCAUCAAGUUCUGUAUGGAUAAAGUUGCACGUGUGGAUUAAUCUGUCUAUAUAGAUUGAGAAGGUUGUUUCAUAAUGGAAAGAAUGCUCCCCUAAAAGCUUACUGAAAUAA